CACCUCUAGAAGGCACCAAAUUGACCGAAGGUUGUUUACUGGUUAUAUUGUGGUUUUUUGACUGGAUAUACUGAGGCGAAAUGUAUUUAGGUAUGACAUUAAGUUUGUUAUUUCUUGCACAGUUCGCUGUUGCUGCUGCCAAAGAUAACAAAACAUUUAAGGCUACGAAAGAAUGGAAAGAAAUAAAGAACGGGCAAGGGAUCUCAGCCGGGCUGCAUGUACGCAUAAACUUGCAAACAGGUAAAAAGGCAGCAAAACUUUUAGACGAAUCUGAGGACGAUGAGCGUACAAAUGCUGGCUUGCCUAACGUGGUUAUAAAAGGUGUUCCGAAAACCAAUUUUAGAGCAACGGCUAAAUCCACAUUAAAAAUCAGUAAAACACUCUCUGAAACAUUAAAAAAUAUCCCCAAAGACAGUUUAGGUAUUGGAUAUUCACCCGAAAAAUUGGAGCAAAUUAAGCGAGACUUUAAAACAUACAACGAAUUGACGGAAUCCUUUAAGGAUUUGCAGAACGAAUUUCAGACUGAUACAGAACUAAUAACCAAACUUAUUAACAAGUAUACGAAUCUUAGAAAACAAGAAUUUUCAUUAACGUUGGAGGAUCAAAUUAAUACCCAGCUUCAUAUUCUUGAGGAUCUCGAUUAUCUCGUUCAUCAAAUUGACAAUGCAUUGUGGUUUAUUGACAAAGGAGGCUUCGAACAAAUACUUUUACCGCUCUUUGUGAACGAUACAAAUAUGAAUCUACGCAUAAAAGCCAUCCGUUUGCUGGGGGCUGUAAUUCAUAAUAAUCCUAAAGCUCAAAUAAAAGCGUUCGAAAGGAAUUUCGGAUCUCAUUUGUCUCAAAUUCUUAUAUCAUCUAAGAUAUCAGAAGAAUUAUCCUCCGCAUUAUAUGCUUUUGGAAGUCUUUUGAGGAAGUUUCCAUUAGCAUUACAAAAAAUUCUAUCCGCAUCUGGUACUCAAGCAUUAAUCGCGGUGCUAGCUAAAGAUUGUGAGUUAAAAGUAAAAGCAAAAGCUAUCACUUUCAUAAGUGAUAUAAUUGUUGAAAAAAGAAUUGUUCUAUCAAAUCUUGAGAACUCUGAUAACUUACGCGCUGCAGCACAAUAUGCUGAUUUGAAUCUACCAGAAUGGUUGCAGUCAAAUUCCUUUUGCGAAACCGUUGACCAAUUAGUUUCAACUAAACUCUAUGAGCUAUUAGAUCAGCCAGAUUUAGCAGAGUAUUUUAUAGAGGGUUUAGAAAACUCCAAAGACAUUUGUAAAUCGAUUUGGUCAAAAAGUCCUCAAUUCAGGCAUACGUUAUUAACGAUGAAAAAUCGCUACAUCUAUAGUCAAAAUGAGUUUCAGAUCGAGAUUGCACAGUUCAUAAAUAGACUGUUAGAAAUUCUUUACAGUACCAACGAUCAUGAUGAACUUUGAGAUUUCAUUAUUUAAAUAGUUUUUAGAUUAACUAGUUUAACAUAUGUAUUUAAUAAAAGUUUUUAUAUUAGGGCUCUUCAUCAAAAUUGAUAAACUUGAGAAAAUGAUAAAUUUAUCAUAUUGAUAAAUGAACUGUCAAACUUUGCAUGGAAAUCUAUUUAACCAAAGUUUAUCACUUUAUCAAACGACUUUAAUGGAUAAAUGUAUAAAUUGCAGCAAAAUUCAACCCUGACAGGUUACCAGGUGGUCGCUUUUGCUACGACGCAAAUGAACACAAUGGACGAGGUAAAAAUGAAACGGAGCUAACCAUAUAAGCUAAAUAAUAAACAAUUUUAUGCAAUUAUUUACCAAAUUUAAGCAAUUUAUCACUUUAGAUGAAGACCCCUAUUUUAAAAUGCAUGCAUACUUAUUUAUUUUUAUUAAUAUACCACCUUUCAUUGCAAUAAGUUAUGUAUCUGCAGCUUUAAGUGUAUCCACAUCGGAUGUCGUUCACUUUUAAAGAGAGCAAAACAAAAUUGAAACCAUCGUAUAUACUU